AUGAUGGUCCACUGCGCGGGGUGCGACAGGCCCAUCCUGGACCGGUUCCUGCUCAACGUGUUGGACCGAGCCUGGCACGCCAAGUGCGUCCAAUGCUGCGAGUGCCACUGUAACCUGACGGAGAAGUGCUUCUCGCGUGAUGGGAAGCUUUAUUGUAAAAUUGACUUUUUCAGGAGGUUUGGGACGAAGUGCGCGGGCUGCCUCCAAGGCAUCUCUCCCAGCGAUCUUGUGCGCAAGGCGCGCAGCAAGGUGUUCCAUCUCAACUGCUUCACGUGCAUGGUGUGCAACAAGCAGCUGUCCACGGGCGAGGAGCUCUAUGUCAUCGACGAAAAUAAGUUUGUGUGCAAAGAAGACUACCUAAGCUCAGGGGCUAUCAAGGAAGUCAAUUUGAAUUCAGUGUCAUCAUGCACAGACAGAAGUUUAUCGCCGGACCUCCAGGACCCGAUACAGGACGACACAAAAGAGACGGACAAUUCCAUGUCCUCAGAUAAGGACAUGAACAAUAACGAGAAUGAGGAGCAGAAUUCGGGCACGAAGCGGCGAGGCCCGCGGACCACCAUCAAAGCCAAGCAGCUGGAGACGCUGAAGGCUGCCUUCGUGGCCACGCCGAAACCCACACGACACAUUCGGGAACAGUUGGCCCAGGAGACGGGACUCAACAUGCGGGUUAUACAGGUAUGGUUCCAGAACCGUCGGUCUAAGGAGAGGAGGAUGAAGCAGCUGAGUGCUUUGGGGGCCCGGCGGCACGCCUUCUUCAGAGGGCCCCGGAGGAUGAGGCCCCUGGGAGGACGACUGGAGGACCCAGACAUACUGGGGCCUGGGGCCUAUGGAUACUACACAGAGUACCAGGGCGACUACUACGGAGGAGGGGGAAACUAUGACUUCUUCCCCCACGGCCCUCCCUCCUCUCAGGCUCAGUCUCCAGCAGAAUCCCCCUAUAUCCAUGGAGGUGCCAUGGAGGGCUCUGUGUCAGCCCACCACCCCUCUGAUGACCAGAGGUUCACAGACAUGAUCUCCCAUGCAGACACCCCCAGCCCCGAGCCCGGCCUGCCCAGCUCCCUGCAGCCCGUCCCUGGGGAGGUGUAUGGAGGAGGGCCCAGCCCACCCUUCUCCCUGGCUAGUAACUCUAGCUACAGCGCCCCCAUGUCCCACCCCGGACAGGAGAUGGGAGAGACCACCGUCUGGUAG